AUGUCAUCUGAUUUCAUCCCAAAACGACCACACAAGAAAAGUCGAGGCGGUUGUGGAACCUCGCAAUUGCCCGCGCCCCCAGAUUUGUCUUCCACCUCUCCAGACUCUAACGCGUUACUUAAUUCUGAAGACGGAGUCGAGGACAUUGAACGAUCCUGGGAUCUCACCGUUGGACCAUCCUUCCCAGCUGUAGACUCGUCUCUAGGCAUCCUCUCACCUACUGAUCUUCGAUAUAUGCAUCAUUGGUCGACAUCAACCUGGAAGACUCUAGCUGUAGGAAACUGGGCAGAUAACGUCCUGAAAACGGAGCUCCCAAGUCUAGCAUUCGAGCACAACUUCCUGAUGAAUACUAUGCUAGGGAUCGCCUCGCUUCACUCUCAACAGCUGCUCUUAGACCCUCGACAAGCCCAAGUAGAAACCAGCAUGUACCGGGCCAAAGCUCUGAGACAGUUCCGAGAAGCUUUGCAGGAUAUUUCCUUCGGAAGUCGGAAGUAUGAAGCCGCUCUGAUCUGCUCGCUUAUGGUCGUCAUCCUCUGCUCUAAGGACUACCCACUGGACGAUGGAGAGCUGAUCAUCGUCAACUGGCUGAUCAUGUAUCGUGGGCUCAGCAGUGUCAUAUCAUUUGGGCCAGGUCAGCGCAUCCCUUGCUUAUACUUUCGCCCUUGCAGGGACCCGUUCGCUGCGAUCCGGAGCUUGAGCGUAUUCCCCAUCUUCCGUCGAGAGGUCGAGCCUCUCACGAUCCCACCCGUCAUCCCCAAAAUCCUAGUGAACAUGCUGCGUAAGAUCGGCCCUCGCGAUCCCGACUUCGGGAUCCUGGAGUCUCUCUGCAAAGCCCUCGAUGCGCUGGGCAUACUCUUCGGCCAGCUGCAGGAGAGUGGCGUCAGCCCGUCACUCUCCAUCAGGGUCAUCACGUAUCCCUCGUACGUCUCGAACGAGUUUGCUUAUGCGGCACAGGCGAAGCGUCCGAGGACGCUGGUUAUUCUGGCGCACUACAUGGUGUUCAUCAAGCUGGUGAGGGAUCUCUGGUGGGUAGAUGGGAUCGCGGAGCGCGAAUUCAGGACAUUGUUGGGGUCCUUGGGUCCAGAGUGGUACCCUUAUGUGGAAGUGCCGAUGAUGGCGAUGAUGAGCAACAGUGACGAAGAGAUCAUGGCGUUGAUGCUGCAGUGA